AUGCCUUCAACAGCACCCGCAUCGGGCGUCCAGACGUCGACCAUCAUCCUCGCAACUCUCGGCACCGUCACCACCGCGGCCCUCGCAUACGCCGUCUACUUUGACUACAAGAGGCGAUCCGACCCUGCCUUCCGCCGCUCGCUCAAGCGCCAGCAGAAGCAGGUCUCCAAGGCCGCUAAGGACGAGGCCGUUGCCGCCGAGAAGGGCCAGAAGGAAAAGAUCCGCCAGGUCGUCGACGACGCCAACGACGAGGGCUUCCCCACCGACCCCGAGAAGACCGAGGAGUACUUCAUGACAGAGGUCGCCCGCGGUGAGCAGAUGUGCCAGGACGGCUCCGACCCCGUCGACGCCGCCCUGUGUUUCUACAAGGCCCUCAAGGUCUACCCCCAGCCCAGAGAGCUCAUCAGCAUCUACGACAAGACCGUCCCCAAGAUGAUCGCCGUCGACAGCAGCAUACAGGUCUCGGCUGCCCCCGAGUCCGAGCCCGUCGAGUAA